AUGACAGGCCAAACCUCCCAACCACCACCCCCAACAAUCAAAGUCCAAAACCUCUCCUACGCCUUCCCAGACGGCAGCUCCGGCCUCCAAAACGUCUCCCUCGACCUCCCCGCCGGCGCGCGCUGUCUCCUGAUCGGUGCAAAUGGCGCGGGCAAGACGACCCUCCUCCGCCUGCUCUCCGGCAAACGCAUGGCGCCCGCAGGAACAGUGUACAUAGGCGCCAACGACCCCUUCACCGUCGGCCUCGAGGGCGUGACGUAUCUCGGGCUGGAGUGGGUUCUGAACCCCAUCGUGCGCAGCGACAUUGGCGUGCCGGAACUGCUGCGUUCGGUGGGAGGGGACCACUACCCGGACCGUCGCGAUGAGCUCGUGAGGAUCUUGGACGUCGACCUCUCCUGGCACCUGCACGCCGUGUCGGACGGCGAACGCCGUCGGGUGCAGUUAUGCAUGGGUUUGCUACGACCGUGGACGGUCCUGCUCCUCGACGAAAUCACCGUGGAUCUAGACCUCCUCUCGCGACACAACUUCCUGCAAUUCCUCAAGCGCGAGACGGAAUCCCGCUCCUGCACCAUCGUCUACGCGACGCACAUCCUGGACAACCUCGCGCAGUGGCCCACGCACCUCGUGCAUAUGAGUCUGGGGAAGGUAAAGAAGUGGGGCCCGAUGGGGACGUUUGAGGUCCCGAGGACGGAUGGGGGCGAGGAGGGGAAUAGUCGGUUGGGGCAGUUGGUUAUGAGUUGGUUGAAGGAGGAUUUGAGCGAGAGGGGACCGAGGAAUGUGAGGAAGGCGGAGGGGUUGACGUAUCAGAGUUUGGAGGGGAAGGGCGGGUAUGGGCAGGAGGCGAGGCCUGAGUAA